GGCAAGGCCGUUGGGCGGGGGCCUGGCCGGUGCUCCGCAGCUGUCUGUGACACCCGGAGCCCGCGGGCCGCUUCGGCCCCCAGAGAGCCCGGCAUGGUACGCGCGGGCGCCGUGGGGUCGCAUCUCCCUGCGUCCGGCUUGGACAUCUUUGGGGAUCUGAGGAAGAUGAACAAGCGCCAGCUCUAUUACCAGGUCUUAAACUUUGCCAUGAUUGUAUCUUCUGCGCUCAUGAUCUGGAAAGGCCUGAUCGUCCUCACUGGCAGCGAGAGUCCCAUCGUGGUGGUGCUGAGUGGCAGCAUGGAGCCAGCCUUUCACAGGGGCGACCUUCUGUUCCUAACAAAUUUCCGGGAAGACCCGAUUAGAGCUGGUGAAAUCGUUGUUUUUAAAGUCGAAGGCCGAGACAUUCCAAUAGUUCACAGAGUAAUCAAAGUUCAUGAAAAAGAUAAUGGAGACAUCAAAUUUCUGACUAAAGGAGAUAAUAAUGAAGUUGACGACAGAGGCUUGUACAAAGAAGGCCAGAACUGGCUCGAAAAGAAGGAUGUGGUGGGGAGAGCCAGAGGGUUUUUACCAUAUGUUGGUAUGGUCACCAUAAUAAUGAACGACUAUCCAAAAUUCAAGUACGCUCUUUUGGCUGUAAUGGGUGCAUAUGUGUUACUAAAACGUGAAUCCUAAAAUGAAAGGCAAUUCCUGGGACCAGACAGAAAUAAAUUCUGUUGAAAAAGAGAAAAGCUAAUAUAUUUGAAAUGUUCCACUUUCUGUAUAAAAGGAAACAAUGUGGAGACGUUUUUGUCUUGUUUGAAUAAAUGAUUCAUCAGUGAAGAUUGUUUUCUUUUGUGGAUUCUGAUUUGAAUGUGCUCAGUCUCUCUGCUUCUCGUGGUAAUCAUUCUAAACCAAGCUUGAGGGUCUGCAGCACUUCAAGAAUCAGGCAGGCCGUCUCUGGGCCUGGCCUGCCAGUGGGAUAAUGCAUAGUCCAAACGUGAUAUAGUUGUAACACCUGAGUUUCAAAAAUAAAAUUCUGCUCAUAGCAUUUCCAGGGGAAACAGGCCCUUAAAAGAAAA